AUGGUGCCCUUUGCAGAGCAGCCAAGAGAGCAGCUUCCACUUGCAGAUGAUGAUAGUGAGAAUGGCAGUGACAAGGAAGAUGAGCAGCCUCAAGUGGUAACACUGAAAAAAGGGGACUUGACUGCCGAAGAAGCAAUGAAGAUUAAACAGCAAAUCAAAGAGGCCUUAAAGUCAAAUGAAUCAGAUGGUGAACCAGAACCUGCUGAUGGAAAAAUUAUGUUCAGGAAGCCAGCCAAACGUUCAUCAGAGAAGUUUUUGGACUUCAAUGUAAGUUCAAGUAAGAAGAUGAAAGAGGCAAAGAGAACGAAGAGAGAAGCAACUACUCCUCAGAGUACAGCUAAGCAAAUAAAAAAUAGCAGUCUUCUGUCAUUUGAUGAUGAGGAAAAUGAUGAUUAG